CCUACGUAUCAACCUCAUUAACAUUCUCCUAGCAAAUCAGUUUCCUUGCACCAUUUGCCCCUAUGUUGCUCAGUCACAGCCCAACCUGAACGAGCACAAUCGCUAUAAUCACAUUGGUCUCGAUUGCCUCUUCCAAGGAUGCAAUGUUCGCGAAACUUCGGAGACAGGUCUUCGAGCGCAUAUUGCCAGCGCCCAUGGCAAUGUUGACGCCGUUAACGGCCUCCGUAGAUGCCCGUGGGAGAAUUGUACACGAAGCUUCUCCACCACUACUAGCCUUUAUCGUUGCCUAUACUUCCAUACGCACGAUACCAUGACUGCACGCGGCCAAGUAUCCCAUGCAAUUGGGAACUUGUCUAACCAAGUCACCCAAAUCAUCGCCCAUCUGGAUGGAUUGGAUGCACGACUGAACGGUUUGGAUGCACGAUUGGGUGGAUUGGAUGCACGAUUGGGUGGAUUGGAUGCACGAUUCGAUGGAUUGGAUGCACGAUUCGAUGGCUUCGAGGCACAGUUGACCGUCUUAAACAACAACAGCAAUGCUAUGCUAACCAGCAUUACUGCCAUGCCGGCGGUGUUGCAGGCUAUCGUCGCCAAUGCUUCUCGCGCGGCCGGUCCCAGCCGUGAGAGCGGAGGUGAGGAGGAGGAGGAGGGGGAGGGUAGUGGCCGCGCCACCAAGCGCUCAAGGCCCUAAAUGAGAUGAAUAGUUCGUGGAAGUCUAACAGAAAGUUCCUGAAUAUUAGUUGGACUCUGUGUCUCGCUUUGCUCUGCUUGCGGUUGAAGGGCCUGUUUUUUCUUUGCCUCUAUGAGGUCUCAGACACGUUUAAUAACUAGGUACAUGGCCUGUACGAUAGGAACCUAUUCUUAGAGUGAAUAUUCUCAAGGUAUCACGGUAAUGAUCAAGACUUCAGUGACCCCAUCAAAUAUGUAUUGUAGGCCUAGGGCGAUCUCUGGGACUCGCAAUGCAUGUCAUCAACCACCUUCAAUCGUGGGGGUAGCCUUUUUCUUUUUAUGUGAUUGUGAACAAGUACCUAAGUACCACGACCUGAUUUCCGUCUGGGGGAUAAUUGAUAGUAAUUAGCAUGACUUAUGACAUCCUAUAGCAGGUUUCUUAGCUAAUAACUACCUGAGACUCAAUUAAGCUUUCCCAUCGGCGAUGCCUUUAUGUGGCCAGUUAUCUCGAU